CGCGGCCGGGCGGAAGCGCGGCCGGAAGCGCCCCUGCGCGCUCGGGGGACGGAGCCUGCCGGCCGCCCGCGGCGUUUGGGGGGCGCGGGGGACGGCCAUGGCCAAGCAGUACGACGCGGCCGAGUGCCCGUACUGCGACGAGGUCUCCAAGUACGAGAAGCUGGCCAAGAUCGGGCAGGGCACCUUCGGGGAGGUCUUCAAAGCGAAGCAUCGGCAGACGGGCAAAAAAGUGGCGCUGAAAAAAGUGUUGAUGGAGAACGAAAAAGAGGGGUUUCCAAUCACAGCUUUACGGGAGAUUAAAAUCCUGCAGUUGCUGAAACACGAAAACGUGGUCAACCUCAUUGAAAUAUGCCGGACUAAAGCCUCCCCGUACAAUCGUUGCAAGGGCAGCAUCUACUUGGUCUUCGACUUCUGUGAGCACGACCUGGCUGGCCUCCUCAGCAACGCUCACGUCAAGUUCACGCUGUCGGAGAUCAAGAAGGUGAUGCAGAUGCUCUUGAACGGCCUCUACUACAUCCACCGGAAUAAGAUCCUUCACAGAGACAUGAAAGCCGCCAACGUGCUCAUCACCCGGGAUGGCGUCUUGAAAUUGGCCGAUUUUGGGUUGGCCCGGGCUUUCAGCCUGGCCAAGAACAGCCAGCCCAACCGCUAUACGAACCGGGUGGUGACUUUGUGGUACCGUCCACCAGAGCUGCUACUGGGAGAACGCGAUUAUGGGCCCCCCAUUGAUCUGUGGGGCGGGGGCUGCAUCAUGGCGGAGAUGUGGACACGGAGUCCCAUCAUGCAGGGCAACACCGAACAGCAUCAGCUCACCCUGAUCAGCCAGCUCUGCGGCUCCAUCACGCCCGAGAUCUGGCCCAACGUGGACAAGUACGAGCUGUACCAGAAGCUGGAGCUGCCCAAGGGCCAGAAGCGCAAGGUCAAGGAGCGGCUGAAGGCCUACGUGAAGGAUCCCUAUGCCCUGGAUCUCAUCGACAAGCUGCUGGUCCUGGAUCCCGCCCAGCGGAUCGACAGUGACGACGCCCUGAACCAUGACUUCUUCUGGUCCGACCCCAUGCCCUCCGACCUCAAGAACAUGCUCUCCACCCACAACCAGUCCAUGUUCGAGUACUUGGCCCCGCCCAGGAGGAGAGGCGGGCACAUGCCCCAGCAGCCGGCCAAUCAGGGCAGGAACCCCGCCGCAACCAAUCAGACUGAGUUCGACCGGGUCUUCUGAAUCCAAGUCGCGUCGAGACGGAGAUUUUAACGCAUUGUGAUUUCUUAGAUUUUUUUUUCUUUUUUUAAUUUCGUGAUUUAUUUUUUUUUUUCUUUUCUUUUUUCUUUUUGGGAGGGGGUUAAUAGAACAAUGGGAAUAGUUGGGUUCGGAUGAAAAUCGCAAUUUACGGAAAACCCUUCAAGGACCUUCAGUGGACUUGGAGCCGUGGCGGAGAGCGUGUGAGAUUGCUUAUUAUUUUUUUUUCUUUCUUUCCCUGAAAUGCUUCCUUGAUUCCCGAAAUUCAUUCAUUCUUUUUCUGGACCUGGAGUGCUUUGCAGACAGGCAGGCAGGCAGACAGGCUGGCUGGCACGAAUCGGCUGCCGUAAAUUUAAUAUUUUGCUGCAGGGAGACGAGACAUGGCGGAACAAGGGCUGUGCGAUUGGGAAUCCGAUAAAAAAAAAGGAUGCUAUUCCCAUUCGUGGUCUUCUGGAGAAUUUUGCUGGACGUCGGUGACCGUCGACAUGAUCCCGGUGUUUGCUUCAGGCCUGUUUCCUGCAGCACGGAGAGACUCCCCUUUUUUCCCCCCCUCCUCGCUUUAAUUUUGCAAUUUUUGUUUUCUUUUUUAAAGGAAAAAAAAACCCCGUUUCCUGGGAUAGCAAAAAAAGUAAAAAAUCCAAUACGUGCUUCCUAGCUUAGCUCUCUUGCAGGAGGCUAAGUGAAGUGGUUUUUUUUGCUUUUUAAAAAAAGAAGAAAAUAACCAUCAUCAAUCCUAAAAAGUUUUGCUGGCUUCAUUUUCCCCAUUGCAAGCUCUUCUGAUUCUCCAGAUCGAACCCUUUUUUUUAUCAUGUUUGCCUCUUUUCGGGCGCUUGGGAUGAAAUGAAUUACAAAUGGAAUGAACUGCUUGGGUUGGGACCGCAUCCCCGUUCUCGAAACGCACAAAAGCGUCGGAGUUAGUACCUACUACGGAUCAUUUAACGUUGAAUUAGCACGGGAUAAAGGAGAAAAGUAACGAAUGAACGAAUGAAGCUGGAAGAAAUGCAAAAACAAAAAAAAAGAUGAAAUUAAAACUAU